GGUCUGUGUAUGAUCCGCUCUGAGGGCUGCGUGUCUCAGAGAAUAUGGCCAUGGUGAGCGGGGGAUGGGGAAACCCCAACAGGGACACUAACGGACUGGGGGAGAAGGUCUACCUGAGGAGAGAGGAAGAGGAGGGCUCGCCUCAGGCCGGGAGCAGCGACAUCGAGGUCGGGGACGAGGACAAGGCCUGCGUGGUGGACUGUGUGGUGUGCGGGGACAAGUCCAGCGGGAAGCACUACGGUGUGUUCACCUGCGAGGGCUGCAAGAGCUUCUUCAAGAGGAGCAUCAGAAGAAACCUCAACUAUUCGUGCAGAUCAAAUCGAGAAUGCCAAAUUGACCAGCAUCACCGCAACCAGUGCCAAUACUGUCGCCUGAAGAAAUGUUUCCGUGUAGGAAUGCGCAAAGAAGCAGUCCAGAGAGGCCGAAUCCCUCCAUCUCACUCAGGUGUGAGUCCCAACUCCCUGGCCGGGGGGGUCGGAGGUGCGGGGCCGGGUCACAUGGGGGCGGACUACUUCAACGGGCAGCCCGUGUCGGAGCUCAUCUCCCAGCUGCUGCGGGCCGAGCCGUACCCCAGCAGCCGCUACGUGAACCCGUACGGCCCGGCCCAGAUGCAGGCGCCUGCCAGCGGAGCCUCCGUCAUGGGCAUCGACAGCAUCUGUGAGCUGGCUGCCCGGCUCCUCUUCAGCACCAUUGAGUGGGCCAGGAACAUCCCAUACUUUCCAGAACUUCCGGUGUCGGAGCAGGUGGCGCUGCUGAGGCUGAGCUGGAGCGAGCUCUUCAUUCUGAACGCAGCACAGUCCGCUCUGCCUCUACACAUGGCUCCUCUGCUGGCCGCUGCCGGGUUCCACUCGUCUCCCAUGUCUGCUGAACGCGUGGUGUCCUUCAUGGACCAGGUCAGGGUGUUUCAGGACCAGGUGGACAAGCUGAACAGACUGCAGGUGGACUCAGCCGAGUACAGCUGCCUCAAAGCCAUUGCACUCUUUUCACCUGAUGCGUGCGGCCUGACAGACCCGGCCCAUGUAGACUCCCUGCAGGAGAAGGCCCAGGUGGCGCUGACGGAGUACGAGAGGUCGCAGUACCCCAACCAGCCUCAGCGCUUCGGCCGCCUGCUGCUGCGCCUGCCGGCUCUGCGGGCCGUGCCGGCCAACCUCAUCUCCCAACUCUUCUUCAUGCGGCUGGUGGGAAAGACCCCCAUCGAGACCCUGAUUCGAGACAUGCAGCUUUCAGGGAGCUCCAUCAGCUGGCCUUACGUACCGGGACAGUGAAUCCAGCCGACACCAGAGGGAGGCAAACAGAGAUAAGAUUUGAUUCAGCGCUCACAAAGAUGACAUACUAGGUACAAACUGAAUGUUAUGAACACACACACACACACACACGUAUGUAUGUUUGCAGCACUUGUCGGUUUUGACCUCCAUCUAAUCUCUCUCCAUCUGAUACUGGAAAAAGAAAUCACAGGGCUUUAAUUAAACAUCAGGCUCUAAUAUGAGGCCAUGUGCCUGUACUACCUCUUCCCACAUCAUCCCUAAUGUGACUCGGUUUGAACACACUUUGAGGCACGACUUCACAUCUGAGACGUGUUGUUCAGAUCAAACUACCUUGUUCAACUUUAUAUUUGUGGAAUGGAAUCUAAGACUGAAAAGUAACACGGCAUUAAAACAACAGGCAUGGGCAUCGUAUUGCAUAUUAUACGACGUGCUUUGUAUACAAAACAUUUACUUCUUUUGUAACUAAAGUAAAAGUUCAACAUUUUGGGAACUACACCAACUUUCUUGCAUAAUUAGAGGAUGCGUUUUACCGGGUAAAACAGCCAGCCGGGUUCUGUUCAAAGAAAACAAAAUCAAUAAUCUCUAACUACCCCGCUGUAUUCUUUGUUUAAUCCAAACCUGAGGUGGAAAAAACGACAUGUUUGUCAGAGCGCGGGUGCGGGGGCAAGGAGGGAGGAUUCAGACGCAGAGUUAAUGAAAAAAUAAAAGGACUUUAAUAGUCAAAAACUCUAAAUCAAAAUCACUCCAACUGAAAAAAGGACAGGAAGGAGGCAAAAACCAAACAGACAAAAACACAGGGACCUGGACUUGAACACACAGACUUACUUGACACAUGAACGUUGACAUGUAAUGACUCCACACAAGACAAGAGACUCACUGGGCUUAAACACACAAGGUGCAGGUGAUUGGACACAGGUGGAAACGAUCAGGCACGGCAGACAAUCACAGGGGAAGACAGGACAAGGCAGGAAGUGAAGUCACCCAGGAAUACAAGAGACAUGAAAACUACAAAAUAAAACACGACAAGAAACCAAACUGUGACACUGUUUUACGAUGUGCUGGAUUAUUGUAUCGUUCCGUAGUCUCUUCUGGUUGAGCAGCUCGGCAAAUAUAAUAAAGCAGAUAAGCAGUAAAAUAUGGUGCUUCCUAAAAUGUUAGAGCUUUUUCUUUAUUAUGGUAGAUUACACAAUAUAACAGGAAGUGGGGAAUGUACUCCUGGCUCCUCAGUCACACCCGUCUCAAACAUUAUUACCUCAUAUUUUAUACAUCAAAGACAGAUAUUGUAUAUUGAUGUGCUAAAGAUAAAUAUAAAGGGAUGAAGGUGUCUUUGUCAUAAAAACCUUAAACACUAAAAGUCCCCUGUAGACAUGUCUCUUCAAUAUAUUUGAAUAUAGGACACCCAAAGUUUGCCAAAUCAUUCACAGAAAGUGAAACACUUCUCAAGUGACCUCAGUCGAUCUCAGCAAACUGGAGAUUUAUGUUCACAUUCAGGUCCCCUUUUAAAAGCAGUGUGUGAAAGCACAGGCUAAAGAGGUCAGACGUCACUUUCAGAUCAUUAUUAUGCUUGUGCAAGGUACUCUGUACGUUUUAAAAUGUUGUAAAGUUGAUUAUGUUUGUUGGUUCUGAGAUAAAACGGUACUAUGCAGUCACGCAAGUGUUCAACGUGACAAAUAGUUUUAUUGCCAAAUUAUCUGACUGAAAGAAAAGACAAGGGGACAACAUGUGUUUUUGGUAAAACAUUUUUUAUUCCAAAAAAAAGACCUAAAAGGAUCUCUGAUACCGUCAAAUAGCGUAUCAACAGCUAACUUCGUGUUAUUUGUUGGAAUUUAAACUCACUUUUAAAUAAAGCAUGCUUUGACCAUGCCGUACGUAAAAAGUGAAAAGUAAGUUCAUACCAAUGCUUAUUUUUGCAUUACGAGAUAUAAUAAAAAAUGUACAAACUCUCUGUAGAUGACUGAAGUCUUUGAGACAUUAAGACACUGCACACACAUCUGUAAAAAUCCUCUUGGUUGAUCAAAAAAAAAACGUUGUCCAAUGUAAAAUACAGUAAUAAAUAAACAUUUGAUCCUGCUGUUGAGAAAUUUCAGGUGGAGAGAUCAAUAACCAACCCAUAGAGAGAGAGAGAGAGUAUUUUACCAAAAGAGGGCAGCAGCAGCUUACCUUUGGCUGACAGUGGGUGCAUCCGGGUCCCUGGAGUCCUCCUGCGCCCCCUGCUGGACGCUCACUGCAGAUACACGAAGCUGUCUGCUGAUCACCAAACAUUACAAUAAAAGACUGGUUCAUCUCAUUAUAAGAGAAUUAGAAAUGUUUAUUAUUAUUGAACUCAGUACUUUUUAGACAUCAUACCUUUUGCAAGUAUACAGUUACAAAAAAUGGUCUUAUAAUAGCAUGGAAGACAAUAAAUCCGUACAAAAAUAAAUGGCUCGCAAAGGGUUUUUAAAAUGACAAUAUUGUUCUUCGUAAAAAUACAAAUGCAUGAGAAAUCAAAAGUGUGUCUGAAUAAUUAAAACAUUAUAACAUCCACUAGAUCAUAACACUUUGCCCCAAGAAAAUGACAACAUGGAAUCAGCAGGGGAUCGUUUUUCAUUGGCAAAGAAAAGAUGAAAAUGGAAAGAUGAAUGUAGCUUAUAGACAAUGACAGAAACAGUGUUUUCCAGUUUGUUGAGGAGCUUGCAUGAUAACGAACAUUAUAUUAAUUAGUCAGGAUUUUUUUUACUCAUUUGCAUAGAUUAACUAAAUCACUACGGGUAUUUAGCAUGUACAAAUAACAGAACUAAGAUUUCUGCUGAAUCUAAUUUGUUGUUGGUACAUAGUAUGAAAAUAAUUCAUUAAAGGAAUAUAAAACAACAAUGUCCUGCGACAUUGUGACUUUGUCCCAUUUUUGGUCUCAAUGCAUUAAUGUCAAUCACUAUAAAAAUAUUGGUUUACACCAAAAAAAGAAAGUAAAAACACCAAGUCCCAGCAAAGGGCAGUUUUUCAACUUUACCAAUGUUAAAAUAUAUUACAAAUGCCGACACAAAAAAUUAGAAAAGAAAUAAACUAAAGUUCAGAUGUGACAAAGAUUUUGCUCCCAAAACAAUCUCCGUUUCCCAGACAACUCCGUUCUCUACAAUACUGUUCCACCGCUUAUCUGUGGAGCUGAAACAAUGAAAAGUGGGAGAGCAAACAGCCACAGAGAGUUAUCACAAUGUUAUCACAGGCGACCGAAGGUCAGGUGACUUUUAAAUGUCCUUAAUCCAAACCACACCCUCCGGUCCCCACAAGUCAUGCUGACUCACGCACGAGAGGAAAGUGUUUGCUUCAGCUCAGCACCCUGCACUUUCCUACAAACAAAGUAGUAGUAUUCAUAUCUGAUGCUCUCUAUGCGCGCGUGUGUGUGUGUGUGGGGAAGAAGUAACUUUGGUCAUGUCACAGUCUUUGUGGUUUUUUGGAGUGCAUGGGUGUGUGUCUCAGUGUGUUGAUCAGUCCAUCAGUGCUUCUUGUCGUAAACCUUCACUAUGCGCUUGAUGUGGAACAGCUUGAGUCUCAGCCUGCGACACUCUCUCUUCUUGGACCUGUAGUCGGGCGUCUGCGGAGCACAGAGAACUUCAUAACCUUAAACUGUACAGUACAUAUUUAUCCAUUCUGACAAUGACAAUGGUGGAUCUUCUGCUCUAAAAACAAUGCUCCAUGAGAGACUCUCAGGGAAAAUGUUUAGUGAAGAGAUUUUAUGUGAAGAAUACUAUAAAAAUGUAAUGCUGUGACAUUUUUGAGCUGGGUGUUAACUUAUAAAAAUACUAUCUGCUCA